UGUGCGCUGCUUUACAUUCUGCUCUGCACAAUCAUGUGGUUCUUCUACUUCUUGUCCAGCGGUCUCUCAGGAAAUGUACAACACUGGGGCUUCUUUUGCGUCAUCCUGGCCUUGCUGAUUCUCUUCAUAGGCAGUACUUUAUGGCUGACAUACCAUGAUCUAUACCGCACCCAUAUGUAUAAAAAUAUCAUUCAGCGUCGCUUUUAUUUUGUGCUCGGUCAGCCUUUGUCUGUUAUCCAUUAGCUCAGUCCUGGUGGGCCAGACAGAAAAAUUUGCAUUGAGCUCAGUUGGACAUUUUGCGAUAUGCGUCGAGAUACUUCUGGUUAUUUACACAGUAAUACCUCUACCGCUGUACAUUUCGAUAACAAUAUGCGUGCUUUAUUCGAUUGUUUUUGAAAUAGUUGUUGUUAAUCUUCAUAACGAUGCUGAAUCACAUAAAUUAACAUCAGUUUUCAUUCGCAUACUAAUGCAGUUAUGCAUUCACAUUUUGGGUCUGCACAUACUCACAAUGACAUUGGUUCGGAUGCGAGGGACUUUUAUGAAGGUCGGUCAAAGCCUUCUGGUUCGACAGCAACUGGAAUGGGAAAAACAGCUUAAGGAGAAGAUGAUACAUUCUGUGAUGCCUCCAAAGGUGGCCGAUUGGUUGAUGAAUGAAAGGAAUAUUGAUAAUGAUCAGAUGGUUUAUGCUAACAUGCGUCCGAGGACUUCGAACCCAUCGGAUCUUAAACGACUUUUUCGUCCUUUCAAUAUGAAUUGCAUGGAAAAUGUGAGCAUACUCUUCGCUGAUAUAGUGGGUUUUACGAAAAUGAGCAGUAAUAAGAGCGCUGAACAACUUGUCGGAUUACUUAACGAUUUAUUCGAGAAAUUCGAUACGCUCUGCACCGAUAAUGGCUGCGAAAAGAUUUCCACUUUGGGCGACUGUUACUAUUGCGUCUCCGGCUGCCCCGAGCCGAGGCCCGACCACGCCGUCUGCUGCGUUGAAAUGGGCCUCGGAAUGAUCGUGGCGAUGGCCGAGUUCGACGCUGAAAGGCACGAGGGCGUCACCAUGCGCGUCGGUGUCCAUACGGGCACCGUACUCUGCGGAAUCGUGGGCACGAGGCGAUUCAAAUUCGACGUCUGGAGUAAUGAUGUCACAUUGGCCAACAGAAUGGAAUCUACCGGCCGUCCUAAACAAGUUCACGUAUCCGAUAAAACAUGCGAAUUUCUUGGUAAUUCUUAUCUUCUAGAAGAAGGCGACGAAGUUUGCGGUCACAAGACCUACUUCAUAAAGGGGCGAAGAGAUAACCACUACAUUCAGCACGAUUGGGAAGAAACCAAAUCAGCAGUUUUGGAACCAACUCAAGUCAAAAUAUCGCCUCCAUCUACGCCAAACUCAAUGCCUAUAGAUUUUGUUAAUAAAGGACUUAAUAAUCCAACAUUAGCCGAUAGGUUUGGAAGAGAUUUAAAUAAUAAGUUAUCCAGUUCACAUACUUGUACACUGAGUACGCCGUUUGUUUCGAAAAGUAAUUAUAGCUUUCCUUCGAAUUCUCCUAAUAUUUCACCUGUGUCUGCAGGAAAUAUUUCCCAAAAUUCGUGCAACAAAACUGACUCAAAAACUAAAAGAUAUUCCAUGAAUAUUUCUUCAAAUAUGCAUAAAAUUACGACAAAACCCAUAAGCGCUGGGCAUUCACCUAAUAUUUCACCGCAAGCGUCUCCUAGAUUAUUAAGACCUGCCAAUGCAACUGCUAAAAUUGGCGACUCCCAUCUCAAAGCCCCUGAAAAUCCGUUUAAAACAAAAGCAAGUAGUUUACCCAGUAUUUUAGACUCAGAUAACGAGGAAGAUGCUGACAGAGUUUACAGGACUACUGUCCGGAAAAAUAAACAGAGCAACCCUUGGAAAAUAUUAAAAUUCCUCAGAAAACCGGAUUUAAACGAUACGAAAUCAGAAUCGGAAUCUCUGCGUAAACCAACGGCGAGUAAUGGAUAUCAACAAGUUCCCAUAGUAAUUCAGACGGUGACAUCAGAUGAUACAAUCCAAUUUACCAAUUUGGUUAAACCACGCGAAAAUAACUUGGAUAUACGAUCUUACAUCAAUGAAUCUCGUAGCGAUGUUACGCCAUUUGGGAGAGCUAGCAGCUACAAGCACCAGCGGUGUAAAUCAGAGGUAGCAGCAUUGGAAAGAGCUUCGAGUGCCACAGUGCCGUUACCAGUGGAUCAACCGUUGAAUAUAUCUAUGAACCAUAUCCAAAAUAAUGUUGCAAAUCAUGUGCACGGGACAUGGGCGCUCAAGGUUCCUACAGACGAAAUGCGAAGCGUUAGUCCUUCUGUUUGCAGCCGAAAGGAUUCUGGUAUCAGAAGUAAUAGCAGGCGUUCCAGUAUACAACAACAGAUAUACGCCAUGAACCUGCACAACUUAUCUCACUCGGACAUCAUGCAGCAUCGGGUUUCUGGCUAUUACACUUCAUCGCUUUCCAGUGUGGAUGUUCGUAAUUCUGUCCAGCAUGAAAAUGAUAUCAUCACUGCACAAACUCUGAGGAAACAGUCUGAUCUACAAUUAAUUCGAUGCGUUCAAGACAACGUGAAAUCACAAAGGAGUUACUUCGUCAAGCCACCAUUGUAUAAUAUUAGUUUAUUUUUUAAAGAUAAAGAUAUGGAGAGAGAAUACCGAGCUAGAGCUCAUAAAAUUGGUGAAAAAGAAAACGAAAACCCUCCUACACUCGCGACUUCUAAAUUUAACACUCCCAUAGACGUUUUGGUAUCAGCGGUGAUAUACCUAUUAAUAUCAAUAUCGUUAUUCCUGCUCCAGAUGCCACACAAGAUGUGGAUUUGCAUGUUUAUGAUGUUCAGCAGUUUACAGUUUUUUGCUUUGUUUUUAUGUUUUCGAAAUAUUUGCAAACCAGAGGUUACCACUCGAGGAUACAUCUGCACAGAUAGUGUUUUCGAAGUAUUCUCCAGAUGGUACCCAUGGCAUUUUUGUGGAGCAGUUUUAUUGUCCUUACCAAUGGUCGCUGUUCUCACAAAUUUUGUUUUGAUGGAUCACACUCAGAUUUACAUAAACGAGUUUUAUUUUAGCUAUUUAUUUUUUAUAUGCAUAGUUCAUUUUUGUAAUUUUACACAGUUAAACUGCUGGAUGAAAAACAUAGUUUUGACAAUUGGAGCUAUUACCUUUAUAGGAAUUGCCAUUUUCAAUUGCCCGGUAAAAAUCCAGACAAACAAUUUACAAAUGCGUAUUGAUAACGCACAUAAUAUAAGUGUACAAUAUAAUUUUCUGAAAGCGUUAUCGACGUUGCAACCAAAAAGACUGACAUCCCCAAAUCCUAAUCCUAAUACGAAUAAUAUUACUAUAUAUUUAUUAAACAGUUCGAACUCUAUUACUGAUAGUGAAAUAAACUCUAAGCAGACGGAUACAUUGUCUGUAUUAACUAGUAAAAUUCCUGCUUCAAAAGAAAGUACUCUGUCGGAAACUAAUAAAACCAUGCAACUCAUCGAUAAAAGAAUAAACAUGAUAAAAAAAUUGCCACUAUACAUUAAUCAUAACUUAUAUCACGUUGAAAUUUAUAUUGACGUUAUUCUUUUAUUGAUAUUAGUUUGGUUUCUUAACCGCGAAUUUGAGAUUAGUUACAGGUUGAGUUUUCACGGUAAUGUUGUGGCAAAUCAGGAUAAAGCAAAAGUCCAGAAUAUGAAAAAUCAGGCUGAUUGGUUACUGCAUAAUAUUAUACCUCAACAUGUAGCUGAUCAAUUAAAAAACACUGCUAAAUAUUCUGCAAAUCACGAUAAUGUGGGUAUUAUAUUUGCCAGUAUAGUAAAUUUUAAUGAAAUGUACGACGAGUCGUAUUUAGGGGGUAAAGAGUAUUUGAGAGUUCUUAAUGAACUAAUAGGCGAUUUCGAUGAACUACUCACUAAGCCAGAAUUUAAAUCGGUAGAAAAAAUUAAAACUAUUGGUAGUACUUUUAUGGCUGCUAGCGGACUAAAUCCCCAACAAAGGGAAGAGGAUAAAAAUCCUCACGCGCAUCUAUUUGCUCUGAUGGAUUUUGCUAUCGCAAUGCAAAAUGUAAUCGACAGUUUCAAUAAAGAUCUUUUAGAGUUUAAUUUAAUUUUACGUAUCGGGUAUAAUUUUGGAGAAGUAACUGCUGGUGUUAUUGGCAACACUAAAUUGUAUUACGACAUUUGGGGCGAUGCCGUUAAUAUUGCCAGCAGAAUGGACUCCACGGGUGUAAAUGGGAGAAUUCAAAUAGGAGAGCAUUGUCUGUCUGUUUUACAAGAGAGGUAUGAAUUCGAAGAGAGGGGAAGUGUAUAUGUUAAAGGAAAAGAUAAUAUGAAUGUAUUUUUAUUGAAGAAAAAAAUAAAUAAUUUAGGUUCAACAUUUGACUUGUAUGAUAGUUAAGUGUUUAUUUUAGUUAUUAUAUUUUAACAUUUGACAUGGAAGUGACUACAGACUUUAUAUCUGUUUAAAUGUCUUUUAUACUUUG